AUGCAAGAUUCCAGAAAAUAUCUAAUUUUUGGAGCUGCUUCAGUUAUCUUCUUAUUGAUCUCACUUUCUUGUAUUAUUGUAAUUUUGUUGUCUGAAAAUGGAAAAGGAAAAGAACACGGAGAACGAACUAUGGCAUUGAAAUCGGAAGAUAAUUCAACAAUUUUGAAGACAGGUAUUUAAAGGAAUAUUUUUAAAAUUUGUAUUCUACAAACAAUUUCAGAUUCAGAUAAAAAAGUUGAGCGAAAAUUGAAAAUGGUGCAAAUGAUUUGGCGACAUGGCGAUCGAGCACCACAAAGUCUACCGUAUCCAAAUGAUAGAAAUGAUGAGAAAAUGUGGCCGAGAGGUUGGAAUCAAUUGACUAAUGUGAGCAAUGCUUUUGGGGACUUUUUGAUGGAGAAAAGACAUGUGGAAGUUUGGAAUUUCAUGUUUUUACAAGUAAAAAAUUCACUGUUUUAGAAUUUUUAUGAGGAAAAAUGUGGUUACUUCUUUUGCUACGAAAACGAGUGAAUAUUUUUUUAAUUAAAAAAAAUUCACUGUUUCAUAAAUAUCUCUUUAUCAAAAAAUUAUAUAAAAAUCUGAUAGACGGAAGGUCCUCACACUUAUUUCAAAAAAUUCAAAUGUUUCAAAAAAAUUUCGAGACUGCAAAUUUUGAAUUCAAAAUUAUUACAUAAAACGUUGAGCAAUGUUUUUCCACUUGAAUUUUUUUUAAAGUCAACUGAACAAUUUUGACUGUUUCAAAAAUUAUUCAAUUCUGGAUUUUUGUCCUAAUUUUCGGUAAUUUUUCAAUUCUUUUUUUUUUCGAAAAAUCCACUGUUUCAAAAUUGUCUUAAGAAAAAAUGUUUCUUUUUUUUAUUGCUGCUAUGUUCCGAUGUUGUCGUUCAGAAAAAUUGACUAAAAAUUCACUGUUUCAAAAAUAUAGCUUGAUGAAAAAAUAAUUUUGAAAUUCGAUAAACAUCCAGAUAAAUUAAAACAUUUUCAAAAUUAAUCCACGUGACAAGAUUAUUUUCCAGAAAGGAAUCAAAGAAGCUAGAGACCUUGGAGUCUUCUUCCGAAACUACUACAAAUCCAGCGGAUUUCUGCAAGAAUUCCACAAAGAUCGAGUAUAUAUUCUAUCCAGUGAAACCGAAAGAACAAUUAUGACAGCACAAGCAUUUGCAGCUGGUUGUUUUCCACCAAAUGAAGAUUCUAUUUGGGAUAACUCAUCCCUGAAAACAUGGCAACCUACCCCAAUUCAUACCACAGGACCCACUGAACCUGACGCAUUUUUAAUGUGGAGAUAUAUCAAUUGUCCAAAACUUAAACAAAUUUAUAAAGCAGAUAAGAAACUAGUGAAAAAGAAAAUCAAAAAAGAAUAUAAGGAGCUUUUUAAAAUGCUUCAGAAUUAUACUGGAUAUCCGAAGGUUAAUUUUGAUAUUGUUAGCAGUUUGUAUGGUAUUCAACACGAGAUGUUUCAUAAUAUGGAACAACCUGGAUGGAUUCAUGAGAUUUGGCAGAAUAAAAGUGUUAUUGAACAUUUGAGAGAGCUUAAAAGAAUCCAUAAAAAUCUGAAAAUGAAUUCUCCAGAAAAGGCAAAAUUCAGAGGAGGAUUACUUUUAAAUGGGCUUAUCCAAAAUAUGUUGGACUUCAAUUCCGGGGCAUCGACUAUAAAUCAAUAUUUAUAUUCAUCACAUGAUGGAACACUUGCAGCACUUGGAUAUGCUUUAAAUGUAUCAGAUCAUCAACUUGUCACAUAUGUUGCAACUUAUAUUUUGGAACUUUAUGAUGAUAAUAGUGUUCAGGUUUUAUAUCGAAACAAUAUUGUUGAUGCUCCAAAAUCAUUGAUUAUUCCUGGAUGUGAGAGAUUUUGUGCGAUGGAUAAGUUUUUGAAAUUAUUUGAGAAUGUUCGAGUGAAAUCCUAUGAUGAAUUGUAUUUGAUUUGUGGAACUGGAACUAAAUUAUGA